AUGGCUGCCACCCAGCCAUCCACGUCGUCGGCUUCGGCCGCGGGCUCUGGCAAUGCGACGCCCACCGCAGGCGCUGCCAGCGCUUCCGACAACAAUAGCAAUCCCCGGGCCUCUACCGAAAACUCGCCCGCGGGACCCCCCGAGCCCAUUGACCGCACACGGGACUCCUUCACCAAGCUCAUGGUGGAGCGCUACACGUCCCGCGACGCCAUCGCCGCCGCCGCCCUCUCGGACCAGCUCAACCACACGCGCAUCUCCACAAGUUAUCAACGACAAAAGAUUAACGAGUACCGUCACAUUCGAACAGACUACCAGGCCGUAUUUACCCCCAGUCGAUUAUUCGGCGAAGGCUACAGGGGCUACGCCAAUGGCUUCACCGAGAACCAUGCCCCUGGUCGCAUCGUCUACCCCAGUCAAAAGAUUCGCCCCGGACGUCGAACAACGCCCGCCCUCAAAUAUGCACGCAAGGAUAUGCUCAAACAGGCAGAGCUCCACGAGGAGCUGGUACCUGUCCGCAUCGAGGUUGAAUGGGACAAGUUCAAGCUACGCGAUACCUUCACAUGGAACCUCCACGACCGCCUGCUCGCCGUCGAGCUUUUUGCCGCUCAGCUUGUCGAAGAUAUUGGCCUGAAACCUCCUGCAGCUCAGUCUGUAUUCGACCAAAUCGUUGGCCAGAUGCGCGAACAGCUCAACGAUUUUUAUCCCUUUGUCUUUUCCGAAGAAGACGCGCUCGACCCCGAGCUGCCCUACUCUGCAUACAAGAAUGAUGAAAUGAGAAUACUAGUCAAGCUAAACAUCACCAUUGGCCAGCACACCCUUGUCGACCAAUUCGAGUGGGAAAUAAACAACCCCUCCAACUCGCCCGAAGAGUUUGCUACCAACAUGGCUCGCGACCUCUCUCUGUCAGGCGAGUUCACAACCGCCAUUGCGCACUGCAUCCGCGAGCAAUCACAAUUAUUCACAAAGAGUCUGUACAGUAUCGGUCAUCCCUUUGACGGCCGACCCAUCGAAGACUCGGAUCUCGUGUCAGCAUUCCUGCAGACACCUGUCCCUACCGUCUUCCGGCCGCAGCAGCAGGCCAAGGAAUACGCGCCUUACAUGUACGAGAUGAGCGAUGCGGAUCUGGACCGCAACGAAACCAUCUUCUCCCGCGAACAACGGCGCCAGAAGAGAUCGAUCAACCGACGUGGAGGGCCGCAGCUACCCGACCUGCGCGAACGCCAGCGGACAAUCCGCACGCUCAUCGUCUCGUCGGUGCUGCCCGGCGCCGCAGAGACCCUCGAGGAGACUGGCCUGUUCAAGCGCGCAGCCGGAACGCGCAAGCGGCCGAACCGUGAGGGUGAAAUUUCCGAAUCAGAUGAUAGUGAGGAUUCGGCGCCCGACUCGCCCGCGCCGUCACAGUUUGCCGGCACAGCCAGAACACGCGGCAUGCGCGGCGCCGCGUCGGCGGCCCAGCACCGCAUGUCCAACCUCGGACGCUCCGAGACGCCGGAUGCUCUGCACCUCGAGACGAGGACCUCGCGCCGCUUCCGCGAGGAGACCGAAGAGCCUACCAAGAUGAUUGUCACGCUCAAGAUCAACAAGGAAAAGCUGCGGCGGCUGUUGCGCGGCGAGUACCGCUUCGCUCAUACGCCCUCGCAACCUCCAACACCCUCCCAAGGAGCGACGCCCAAGGUUCCUGCCAAAGCUGUCCCACUGACCUCGACACCGUCACGCGGUAUCAGUACCACGCCAGUGCCCAUUCCUCAUGUGGUUGGCAAGUUUCCGCCUGGUCAGAUUGGCCGCCUGCCAGCGCCGCCCCCCGUACCAGGCCAACAACAUACUCCACCAAACCCUCCAGAAUGGCUAGUCCAGGCCCUGAAGGGCCUCGAGAAGAAAUAUCCCGACGGCGACCGCUUCGAGGCCAUCAUGAAGUACUCGUACCUCGACCCCAUCACCGAGCUGCCCGUGCAGAUCCAGCCGCUCCCCGACGGCGUCAAAUACGCGUGGCUGCCGCGCAUCCGCUGCCUCGAUUGCACAUCUAAGCUAUACACACCGGGCCCGGACAUGACGGCGCAAAAGUUUGAGACGCAUCUGCGCUUCUCCAGCCACCGCGAGGCGGUCCGCAACCGUCUGCUGGCGGAGAGUGGCGGUAGUAGAUCUAGCGCUUCCUCAUAG